AUGCAAGUGAUAGAGCAGGAAGGAUGUAUUGUAUGCACCAACUGCGGUGUAAUGCAUAGAACCUCUAUCCGCGAGCAUUCUUUUGCUGAUAUGGGCAUCGUCAGUGGAGAAGGAGGUACGAAAAAGAGGAAGAUCGAACCCGAGGCUGCACGCGACAUCCAGCGAGCGAACCAAAAGAUUUGCAAGGAGUCUGACCCAUAUGAAGUGAAGCUGAAAGAGUUGAUCCAAGACCUCGGUCACAAACUUGAGGUCUCUGAGCAAGUACUGCAGCAGGCUCUUGUCUUCGCCGCAUCCAUACCUCGCAACAAGCGCGAACAAGAGUCGGUUGCAUCAGCCUGCCUGUAUCUGGCUUGCAAAGAGCUCGCACAGAGCAGGACGCUUCGUGAGAUAUGUGCAGCAACGGGAGCAGUGUACUCUAAGGUCAGCAAGUUAGUCCUAAAGCAUGGGCAGGGCACCAAGCCCCAGUCGUUCAAGCAUCAUCUUGAUCGUUUCUUGGGAAGCCUCCAGCUCCCCUUCAGCUACGCAGAGGAAGCAUUGAAGCUGCAGUCUGACAAGCAACUUCAAGGAGCUCCAGCCACAGUUGCUGCCAUCGUCAUCUACAAGGUGUGGGCAGCAAAAGCUCCUGGCGCUGCGGAUAUCGCAAAAGUGGCGCUUGCUUGCGGGGUUAGCCCGGCUUACCUAAGAGAGAGAGUGGCAGAAAAGUGA